GGUUGUGCCAACACUUUUGUACACCUAACAAACACAACAUACAAAAGAACACACCAUACAGCAACAUUGCUAAGCAAAACCCGACAAUUCGUCCACGCAAGAUCCCUGAUCGUAAUUCGUAAAUGUAAAUGGUGUUAAUGUUAAGAAACGGAAGCAGAUAACUUCAUUUCCUUCCUUCAAAGGACAAAGAGGAGAGAGAAAAUCAUAGAAGCUGUCCAAUUUAAUUUCCCCUGCACUUUCCAAUCUCCAAUCCCAGAAGAAUUUUGCACAUACAUCCAAAUUUGGAGGGGUAAACUGUAAACAGAAGAGGGGUGGGGUAGGAGAGAGAGAAAUCACAAAAAAGAGAGGUUUUAAUGGAGUGUUCAAAUUCUGAAAAUUGUUGAAAUUAACUGUUAUCGCUGUUUUUGGUUUGUGGGUUUUCUUUAUCAUGGAUUUCUCAUGGCUAAAUUGUGUCAGAAUUACCCUUCUUCUUCUCCUCCUUGCCGCCAUUGCUACAGCUUGUUUCACCCUUCCCGUUGAAAAGUUGUUGAAGGAUUUCCUAGUAUGGGUGGAGCUAAAUCUUGGCAGUUGGGGACCUCUUGUUCUGGCUGUUGCAUACAUCCCGCUGACUAUCUUGGCGGUUCCCGCUUCAGUGCUCACUCUUGGGGGUGGCUAUCUUUAUGGAUUGCUGCUGGGAUUUGUUGCUGAUUCUAUAGGAGCUACAUUGGGGGCAACUGCAGCUUUUCUUUUGGGAAGAACUAUUGGAAGGUCUUAUGUUAUAUCCAGAAUCAAGGAUUACCCAAAGUUUCGGGCUGUUGCAAUCGCUAUACAAAGAUCUGGCUUUAAGAUAGUCUUGCUCCUGCGGCUUGUUCCUUUACUUCCAUUUAAUAUGAUGAACUACCUCUUGUCUGUAACUCCUGUUCCGCUAUGGGAGUAUGUCCUGGCUUCUUGGUUAGGAAUGAUGCCUAUAACACUUGCGUUGGUAUAUGCUGGAACAACUCUUAAGGAUCUUUCAGAUAUCACACAUGGAUGGCAUGAGUUCUCACCGUCUCAUUGGGCAUAUCUUAUAGUGAGCAUAUUGGUUUCAGUGAUUUUAAUGGUUUGUGUAACUAAAGUGGCUAAGACUGCUUUAGAGAAAGCACUGGAUGAAAAUCAGAAUGUAGAUGACCUAUCGACAUCCGAGCUGCCUAUAUCAGAUGAUCUGGUUGGGGAUCUUCACGCACUCAUUAUCAAGAUGGAUUCAUCCCUGGAUAGCCAGCAACAUUAAAAAUUGACUUCUUUCAUUUGCCUACAGCACCCAUGUACUCAGACGUUCCUACAAAUUGUACAGCCUUACAGUGACAUUACCUUCGUGAUAUUGGCAGCGAACUACAAAUGUGUAUAGCUUUUUCAUGGAUAACUGGAUUUACUACAUUGAGAUAGUUAAAAAGGCUGGUUAGGAUUAUGCUGGAGAGCUCAUGCAACAACUGGCCAAUAGAAAUCUUUUGUCCCAUAUGGUAUCUCAUUUGGUGUCCCGAAUAACACUCAUGUUACCACCUAACCCACAUACAAUUGUUUGAGGGAGGGGGCGGGGGAUAGUGGGACUGGGACAUAUAAUGAGACAUGAUCUCAAGUCUCAACCCAGUAACUGGCGGAAAUGAAAAGAUGUUGCUAGAACUUAGAAGAGAUUGUUUCCUUUGACAUAGGCUAUUAACCUAACUAUUUGUGAACACUUUUUAAUAUCAAACUAGUAUUUGGUUACGGGUAAUGUCCCGUGUCAGUUACAAUUAUCAAAUAUAUUAUUAUUUAUAAAUGCGAUGUUGAUUUUAUUA